AUGAAUUCCUAUCUUCUUAACAGAGCCCUCGGGUCUGUGCUGCCAAAGACAUUUCACACUGCACAUACCACCCAGCUGGUGCACAAUCUCGAGCCCGCGCCGGGAAUUCGAUUCUCCAACCGCAGAGCUGCGCCUGAGUCCAAUAACCGAGAUGAGCGCGAUGGGACGCCCUUUGAUGAGGAAGAUGGUGCGACGUCUGAGAGUGUUGUGGGCCAUCCCUCCGGGGUGAACUGUCUGGCAAUUGAUCAAUUUGAGGGCCGUUAUAUGAUCUCUGGUGGCGCAGAUCCAUCCAUACAUCUUUGGGAUCUUGAAAGCCGAGGCUCGGAUCUUCAUCACAUCCAUCGCGCAUGCGCAACAGUCAGCAAGUCCUCACACAAGGACGCACACACACAUGCGAUCACAUCGCUUUCCAUAUACCCAUUCGACCCAGUCCCGUCCACAAUCUUUUCGACAUCUCAUGACUGCACAUUGAAACUGUCGGCUCUGGAGCCACCUGGAAUUACCCCGGUACAUACUUUCAAUCUUGAUUGUACGCCGUAUGCGCACUCUUUCUCAUCACAGCCCGGCUCGACCUUGCUGGUGGCAGUCGCUACCUCCGAGCACGCUGUUCGACUGGUCGAUCUCCGAUCCGGGCUAGCCACGCAAGGGCUACCAGGUCAUAACGCUGCAGUGCUGUCCGUUGCGUGGGCCCCUCAUCGGCCGCAUCUCCUCGCAUCCGGAUCCGUCGACAACCGAGUCAUCAUCUUCGAUGUCCGCCGGGGAGGCCACAACUCUGCAAUCGCUACUCUGGAUAUGGACGAUCCGGUCGGCCUAGCAGUUCCAGGAUCUGGCUCGGUCCCCGAGUCCUUCGAGAGUCGAGCUGCUUUCUCACGAAACGCUCGUGCGCACAAUGGGCCCGUCACUGGGGUGCGGUGGACUUCCAACGGCAGCCACAUUGUCACGACGGGCCAAGACUCGCGGAUAAGGGUUUGGGAUUCGGGGACUGGCGCGAACACCUUGGCCCAUUUCGGCCCUCGAGUUCGAAAUAGCUCCACAUCGCACUUGGCCGAGCGGGCGCCGCUGCUUGUUCCGAAGAGCUUCACGGGGCCCGGACAAGAGACGUUACUGUGGCCCAACUUCAACGAACAGGAUGAUCGAGGUGAGAUCUUCAUGUUUGAGCUCCGGGAAGGGACCUAUAUCAAACGUCUCCGGGUGCCGGGGCUGAUGACCGGGUCGCAUGUGGCCCGGGGUCGUGCGAGUGCACUUAGCGGCGCCCGUAUCAACGACCUAGCGUGGAGAGGUAACGGGGCCUCCGGUGAGGGUGCUGAACUAUUCUCAGCACACGGCGAUGGCACUAUCCGCACCUGGGUCUCACGUCAACCGGACGAUGAGCCGGACGAAGAAGAAGAGGCGGAACUUGCUGAUCGCAAGAGAAAACGUCAAGUACUGGACGAACUUUACAGGGGGUUUGUUGCGCCGGAAUUUGAUCUACAAUCUUGA